AUGUUACCCUGCAAGUAUUUUGUAACUCCUGCUGGAUGCGGUCGUGGCACCUCUUGUCAAUACAGCCAUGAUGAUAAAAUACCGGAUGGUAUGAUCGCACGUGCGAUUUCUGGAAGUUUGGCAGUGUUUGAAGAUGGAGGGCAAGUCUACAAAGUUUUAGUACCAUCUGAUUUCACCACUAUCCGAAUCACUGGCUUGCCACAAAAUGCCACCAUUGGGUUUCUGUGCAUAUUGAGAAACGUACCAGCCUCUGCGGAUGAAGAAGACAUCUUGACUACCAUGGAUGAGAAACACACGCCGGAGAAACUGGACUUUAGCGUAGCGAGUUAUGGAGCAUCUGACGAAAUGACUACUCGAUUCGAGGUCAUGACAAAGAUAUAUUUGGCUGUACAAUUGCAAAUCGAGGCAGACGAGAAUUUAUUGAUUGAGCAGUAUAUCAAAAUCAGAGCAUAUCCAAGCACUGAUGUUUCCCAGAAGUUUACUUCUUUGAAGAUUGAGGGAGAGCCUGGAGAGAGCUUUUUGAAGGCCAAGGAUAAGCUGGAGGAGAUUUUGACCGGUGCAGUUGCCAUGGCUGACGGUAGAACAGUUUGGAACGAUUAUUUUAUGCAACCCAAAUGUCUGAAUAAGCUCAAACUAGUUGAGGACGAGUGCGGUGUAGUAAUUUAUCGUGAUACAAGGAAACAGCUUCGCAUUUGUGGUUCACCCGUAGAUAUCGAAUGCGCCCAACUUUCACUUCAAAGUAUGGUUGCGUCAGGACUGGAAGCUUAUGCCAUCGUGCUCAAUCGAAGCAAUUUUCGUUGGUUAUCGAACGGUGGAUUUAAGCAGAUGGUGUCAGCUCUUGGAAAAGAUGUUGCUUCUAUUGAUACUUUAUCAAGUCCAAAGAAGCUAUUAAUUUCCGGUGGACCUGAGAACUAUCACAAGGCGAUGGAAAUCCUAAAUCUCAAGAGUGCUGUUACUAGCAACUUUGUCAAGGCGGAUGAUUGCAUCAUUUGUUGGUGUCCUGCUGAUACUCCAGUCCGUACGCAUUGUGGUCAUUUGUAUUGUCUUCAAUGCUUUGAGAAUCUGUGCUCCUCUACUGCAUCUGGUAACAAAGAGGUCUCUAUCAAUUGUGCAGCUGAUAAACGUGAGGUCACACUCUCAUUAGAGGAGAUCCAACAAUACCUGACCUCCAAUACUUUCGAGGAUCUUCUUGAAGCGUCAUUUCAUUCAUAUAUCCGUCGACAUCCAGAGGACUUUCAUUACUGUCCAUCUCCAGACUGCGGACAAAUCUACCGAGUUACUCACCUUGUCAAGUCCCGCGCUUGCGCCGAACAUCUCACGGAGACUUGUAUCUCAUGUCACGAGUCUCACAAUGGGCAAACUUGUGACGAACAUUGUUAUGAUCACAUAUCCAUGGAACAUAGAAAUAUUGGUGGUCCCUUUGCAGAUGAAAAUGAGGACUGGGAGAUGGACGCUGACUUCCAUGACGACCGUAAUCGUGAGGCUGCCCCUAUUUUGGGGGAAUUGGAUGAUUUUUUUGACGAAAUUCCUGCUGAUAAUCCUGACCCUGCUACGCUGAAUCCGUUUAUGCGUGCUCAACUGCAACGACUACAAGAACGACUUGAGGGAGAGCCCUUUCAUAGAUGGUAA